ACUGUUUAAUUGAUUCCAUAGAGCUGCAGGACUCAUAUAUUGCAGUGAAAUACAAGGCUACAGUCAGUAAAAUGUAAAAAGAGCAGCAAAUGAAAAACACACGUUGGAGCAUUGGCGUCUGAUAACUGAUAAUUUCGAUAUUUCCAGCGGCCCUGAAUGCCUCCUCACUGUGUAGACCUUCCGUGUACAUUCAUUGUGGUGAACCAGAGAGAAACGAGUGCUUGGAGUCCGAACAGGACCUUUAAGAUCUCUCAACAUAAACGGGUAAAGAAAUGCCUCCCAGAACUAUAAAGAUGGCUCUGGCGGACAUUCUGGAGAAUUUGUCUAAGCAGAACUUUGAGCGGUUCUGCUCCGAGCUUCUGGACCGAAGGGAAGAACCGCGGGUCAGCCGCAACCGGGUCGAAGGAAAGACCCGCUUGGAAAUCGCAGACGUCCUGGUUACAACUUUUACAGAGAGAGGAGCUCUUCCGGUGGCUGUGGAGAUCCUGAAAGAGAUCCGCUGCAACGAUGAGGCAAGCGAGCUUGUUGCAGACACAAGUGGACUGUUAUAAACAUCUGGUUCCCGUAACACUGCGGGACCCUCAGCUGGAGCAGCAGAAGAUGAGCACUUUGUCGAUAAACAUAGAAAAAUCCUGAUUAGGAGAGUGAGCAACAUUAAAGCCAUUCUGGAUGACCUCCUCGACGAAGGAGUCCUCCAACAUGGAGUUUAUCAAAAAAUCAUGCUGAUACCUACCGAUGAGGACAAGAUGAGAGAGCUCUACUUGGGUCCCCUGAAAUCUGCCAGAAAACACAAAGACAUCUUCCUCAAAACUCUUGAGGAAAAUGAGAAACAUCUUAUUGCUGAGCUCAAGGCAAAGAAGUGAAUGAUGGGUUGAAAUCUAUUUUUAGACCAAACAUACACCAGUCUACCUGAGAAAAGGGAUUUUAAAUCUUAACAAUGGGGAAACGUGAAUGUUAAUGCUAUGUCUCAGUGGGGUUUUUUCUAAAGAGUUGCUUUUUCACACUUUAUGUUUAAACAAAGCUUAAUUUUACACAUUAAUUAGUUUAGAUUUGUAUGGCAUGUGGUGACUGUCCUGUCCUCAUCAUGAGUUUUUAAUGUAAGGUUUGAAACCAGAUUUAGCAAAUGUUCAUCAGACAAUCAUGUAAGAAGUGAAUGAAGAUUUUCAUCAGAUGUAAUGUUUUUAUCCAACAAAUUACAAAUGGAUGAAAGUUUGUUUUCUUUCAUCUAAUGAUAAGCACAUUAAAGCAUGCUUGUUUAUGAUUAUCCAUAAGCUUUACAAAAACAACAAUGUUUAUGAUUGUGGUUAGGUUUUAAAAAAAAUAUUUAAGCUUAAAAAAACUGAUUCAUGUCACAGACAUGUUUGUCCCUGAUCUCAAGAAUCACUCAUGUAUUGUAGGUUAGACUAUUUAUGCCGAAUUUGCUAAAAGUUUGUUUUAUCUGGUUUUAUCAUCUUUCAGAGAGAAAAAAAAUCACCAAUAAGGGUUAGUUUUCUUUUGGAAGGAUAUUCAAAAUGUUUUAUAUUUUUUAAAUGUAUAUGCAUUCUUAAUAAAAUAUUCAGAUUGAUGUGUGUGGUUGUUGGUGCAAAUUAAAUCAUGUAAUAGAGUUUUAAAAUGUGCAGUUUCUCUUUCCUUUCAAGUUGAAAAACAAGUGCAUGUUGAUCUGUUGAGGGCGCUCACAUAGUGAGUCUGAUUGAUUUUGAAUUCAGCACACAAAUCCAUGAUGGAUUCCUUUUUUUUUUGUUAAUUUGCAGUCUUUGAAAAAUGUAUGAAUAUGCUUUUUUUUUAAUCAUCUGUUGGUCAUGGUUCAGCCAAUCUAUAUAAAUCAAUGCUACUGUAUAUUCCAGGAAAUUUUAUUCAAAUGUUGACUUUUUGUCAUUUUGGAGUUGACACGCUAUGGUUGUGACAUGUGCAUAUUAGUAAUUUUAUAUGUAAUACAAAGUAUUAUUAAAAACUUCCCAAGACCUAA